AUGGCUACGGCUUCAUCGUCAUUCGCGUCUACGAAAGAGACUACCAACUAUGCAAGGCUAUGCCGCCUCCUGGUGGAUGUUGGAUCUCAGGUGCUCCGGUCCACUUUUGACAAAAUACAUCCACCAGCGACUCUACAUACAGUUUUGGGAAGUACCUCAGUGCAUUACGCUAGAUUGCAAUCACUGUACAGAGGAAGGAGGAAAGUGCUGCAUCCCACGCAGUGGGGGAAGUUGUACCCUACUCACUCACCCGUGUCUUCUGCAACCUUCGAUAUCACUCUUCUGACGGUGCUUCUUAGAAAUAUCUGUGGUUUGGGCCCUCCUAUAAAUGGAUGGGAUCGUCUUCCCCUAGCCACAAGCAUAAGCAUCUCUGAUGACAUAGCCAGAGUUAAGUAUUACAGGAACACUGUAUACGCCCAUGCUUCUCAAGCCUCUGUGGAUGACAGUAGUUUCAGUUGUUACUGGCAGGAAGUAAGAGAAGCUUUGGUGAGACUGGGAGGAGCUCAUUUUAGAGCUGAAAUCGACAAUCUUGAGCACGACUGCAUGGAUCCAGAUGUCGAGGAGCAUUAUCGUGAACUGAUGAUACAAUGGAAGAAAGACGACGACAGCAUCAAAGAAAAGCUUGAAGAAAUUGAAGAUUCGCUGGAAAACAUGGGAAGCAUUAUGGAGAGAAACUUCAGAGUUACAACUAACACGAUAGAGAUUGAAAUGAAAGAGGUGAAAGAAAAGCUUACUAGUCUGAUAGCCUCAGCUGAAAAAAGCACACAAGAAGGUUAGUUCGUAGAGAGAGCUACUCAC